AUGAUUUUUCAGCAGGUGAACGCCUAUCAAAAAGCUUGGAGCCCUAUCCCAGGACCAGGGCCAGGGGCAGGCCCAGGGCCUGCACCAGCCCCUGGCAUCUCCCUUGAUCUGGAGAUUGGGGACACAGCCGGCCUAGCAGCAGUGACAUCGAUAGACAGCACAGUCAUCAAUGGGCCGAGAUCGCCCAUUGUGCUGCUGCACGGAGCCAUCCAGGGCGGCUGGGUGUGGAAUUACUCGCGGCCAGAAAUAGGUGCACCUGCGGGGGUGAAGGGUCUCUUGGAGCAGGCGGGGCACCAGGUGUUUAACCCAACACUGCCAUUUCACGCCCCAUACGACCACUGGUCAUGGAUGGAUGGGCAGAUGACAGUGCAGAAGUAUGUCGAUGUUUACAUCCAGGUGAUAACACAGAACAAUUUGCAGAAUGUGGUGCUGGUGGGCCACUCGCUGGCGGGGGUGUGGAUGCAGAUGCUGCUGCAGCAGAUCCCCAACCGCAUCGCCUCCCUUGUCUUCAUCGACGCGGCGGUGCUGUUGCCCGGCGAAAGCUUCUUUAGUAAUAGGAUCGGCGGCGUCGUCUCCACGCUCCCAGCGUUCCCUGCGCAGGCCUGGUUCUCGCUGCUUUUCAGCUACCCGCUCUUCUACCAGCAGUUCACAGUGGACCUCUACCGCGGCUGGAUGGUGAACAGCUGCGCGGGCAACGAUGCAUUAGUCCUGGCCACCUACAAGCUCAUGGUGCCAGAACCCAAGGGCCCAGAGGUCACAUCCCUGGACGUCUCAGCCUUUUUUACCAUCUCCAAGCCCAAGGCAUACAUCUAUGAAACUCUGGACCACAGUCUCAGUACGGAUCCGCGCGCGUGGCUGCUGUUUGCGGACCGGCUCGCGCGCGCAAAUAACGGCGGCCUCGGCCUGCAGGUGAUUGAGGUGGAGGCGGAUCACCAGGGCAUGCUGACUAACCCUGUCGACCUGACAGCUGGCAUCCUCAGGGCCAUCAGCGCCCUGCAGACAGACCGCUGAGUCAGCGCGCUCGAGAUUAAUGACCGAGAAUUAUAAGCCGGGUUUAAUUACUCAACAGGAGCCAGCAGAGAACUUCCAGAGCAGGAUGUUCCCGACCGGGGGGGCCCCAUUGCUGACUUCAGAAUUGCAUGCAGCAGGAAUCCUCUGCUGUCCAACGAUUACAGAGCCUAGUUUCUAACCAUGAAUCUUUGAGGGCAGGAGGCACCCAGUUGAGGAAGGUUUUAGGGGGUUUUCUGAAGAGUGUGGUGCCUAAAAAGGACCGGCAGCCUCCUAGUAUUGAUGUGGCGCCAAUGCAAACAGCGAGGCUUAGAAGAGUUGCUACUUCAGCUAGUAUUCAGAUGUCCAGGUGCAUGCCAGGGGUGCCUUGAUAGUGCAACUGGAAUUUAGUUUGUCUGGUAGCUAGAGCAGCAACUGCAGGGAUGUGGCAUUCAACGAGAGGCAGGGUGACCAGACUCUUCAGGGGGUUAGACUUGUUGAUAUUGCAAUGUCAAUGAGUAUUUGUUUGGUUUGCUAAUUUAUUAGUGGAACAUAGGACACCACAUGUACAGGUGCUCAUGCGCUUUUAGAACACCUGGCAUCAUAAUCUGAGAAUCAAAUGCAAAUGCGAGCAAUCAGAGGCAUGUCCUGGAAAUCUGUAAAUACACAAAUGCAUGCGC